AUGGGCCUUCUUACUCUUAAAGAAGAUCGGCCAACACCGCCAUGUGUUUACAAUUAUCGUGUUUACUGCUGCGCAACAGUAGCAGCGUUUUGCGCUGUAAUGAUCGGAUAUGAUUCUGCAUUCAUCGGCGGCACACUCGCCCUGAACAGUUUCAAAAAGGAGUUCGAUUGGUCACAAUACAGCACAAGCGAAGCAAAUCUCAUCAAUGAGAACAUCGUCUCCUUGUACCAAGCCGGUGCCUUCUUUGGUUCAUUUUUCGCUUAUGCGGUAGGGCAUUACCUUGGACGUAGAAGAGGAUUGCAGAUAUUCUCUGGUGUUUUCAUCCUGGGCGCUGGCCUUAUGUUGGGUGCCAAUGGCGACAGAGGUCUAGGACUUAUCUACGGAGGCCGUGUUCUCGCUGGUAUUGGAGUUGGUGGUGCUUCCAACUUGACACCGAUUUACAUUAGUGAACUUGCUCCACCGGCUAUCCGUGGUCGACUUGUUGGGCUGUAUGAAAUGGGAUGGCAGCUUGGUGGUGUUGUCGGUUUCUGGAUCAAUUACGGAGUCUCGACAACCAUGCCAGAAAACCAUUCCCAAUGGAUCAUUCCUUUUGCCGUCCAACUCAUUCCCGCAGGAUUGAUGUUCAUUGGCCUCUUCUUCAUCAAAGAAUCACCGCGUUGGCUUAUGACUCGAGGAAAGAGAGACCUCGCUCUCAAAAACCUCUGCUGGAUUCGAAAGCUCGACACUGAUGAUAUGUAUAUGUUGGAAGAAGUAGCUGCUAUCGACGCUGGUCUCGAGUAUCAACAAUCUACUGUCGGUCUUGGGUUCUGGCAGCCAUUCAAGUCACUCUGGAAUGACAGAAAGGUUAUGUACCGCUUCUUCCUCGGAUGCUCACUGUUCUUCUGGCAGAAUGCAAGUGGAAUCAAUGCAAUCAACUACUACAGUCCGACUGUUUUCAGAUCGAUUGGACUCACAGGAACCAAUACCUCGCUACUCACUACUGGAAUCUUCGGUGUCAUAAAGGCAGUGGUCACCCUUAUCUGGCUUUUCUUCCUCAUCGACAAUCUUGGACGCAGAAAUCUCCUCAUGAUCGGUGCUCUUGGCGGUUCUAUUUGUCUCUUCUAUGUGGGGGGUUAUAUCGCAGUAGCCAAGCCAGAAGAAAAUCCUUCUUCAACCAUAUCGAGCGGUGGAAUAUCCGCAAUGGCGUUCUUCUAUCUGUGGACCAUCUUCUACACCCCAUCAUGGAAUGGAACACCUUGGGUAAUAAACUCCGAAAUGUUUCCUCAAAACGUUCGAACUCUCGGCCAAGCGUUUGCUGCAGCAUCCAACUGGUUCUUCAACUUCCUCGUCGCCAGAUUUACACAGCAAAUGUUCACCGGAAUGGGCUACGGAGUCUACUUCUUCUUCGCUUCUCUGAUGUUGUGCUCCAUUGUCUUCGUGUGGUUUCUCAUUCCUGAGACGAAGGGCAUUCCCCUGGAAUCUAUGGAUAGGCUAUUUAGCAAAGAUCUGCCUCAGAGACGUGCGCACAAGAUAGUGAUGGCAGAAUUGGCAGAGGACGAGGAGAGUUUCAGAAGGAACGUGGAGGGAAGUGGCUUAGGGCUGGAAAAGGAUGAGUUUGGGGAAAAGAAAGCUCAUGUUGAAGUUGUUUAG